AUGGCCAUCGUGACAGCUCUUCUCGCUCCAAUCCACCUCUUCUCCUUCUCAGCCCUUCUCGGCUCCCAACUUUACCAAACAUUUAUCGUCACAAAAGUCGCCUUCCAACGUCUCCCUCGUGCGCCUUUUAUAAACCUCCAGAAACACCUCUUCCCUAUUUACUUCCAAAGCCAAGCGCUGCUACUUUUUCUCACCGCUGUAACGCUGCCACCAUAUGGCCCCCUCUCACUGACGCAGCACAAGAGUGAUUGGAUUCCGUUUGCAGUAUCAAGUGUUGUGUCAGCAUUAAAUUUGACUGUUUUUGGACCGAGGACGAGAAAGUUGAUGCUGGAUCGUGUUGAACAAGGAGCCACGAAUGCAAAGACGGCGAGCUCGGAGGGUCCAAGCCCUGCGAUGCAGGUUUUGAGGAAGAGAUUUGGGACGGCGCAUGCUAUGUCUAUUCACCUGAACUUGAUUGGUCUUGGAGCUCAUCUUUGGUACACUUGGAGAUUGGCAUCUCGUCUUGACGUUUCUUUGUAG